AUGAGGUGUGUGACACUCUCCUGGCCAGUGGCUGUCGUUCUGGUGCUGACACACACCUGCCGUGGGGCACCUGCGUCACGGGCAGCAGCGGGGACAGUCACUGGACUUCACCGAGGACCAAUCCAAAAUGACCUGACGCUUGCCGCAGAGUACCUUGAGCGGUACUACACCCUCGGUAGAGAGAGGACUGGACGGAGGAGGAGGAGUGAGCCCACAUUUGCUGCCAAGGUGCGAGACAUGCAAACCUUCUUUGGCCUCAACGUCACAGGCAGCCUGGAUCCGGCCACAGUGGAGAUCAUGCGGACGCCGCGGUGUGGAGUACCUGACGUGCAGGAGUACAGUGACCAAGGUUCAAAGAGGUGGACUAAGAGUGUCAUCUCGUACAGCAUUGGCAGGUAUACCUCCGACAUGGCGCCCAGCACUGUGGAUCACUUGAUCGGAUCCGCCCUGAAUGUCUGGGGUAGUGCCAGCCCCCUGACGUUCGUGAGGUCCUUCUCUCACAACGCUGACAUCAUGGUGGACUUUGUGACCAGAGAACAUGGUGAUUCCUACCCCUUCGAUGGCCCCCAGGGCACUCUGGCCCAUGCUUACGGCCCCGGGACAGGCAUCGGGGGCGACACCCAUUUUGACGAUGAUGAAGUGUGGACGACAGGCUCGAAUGGGAUCAACCUGUAUUUGGUUGCAGCACAUGAGUUUGGUCACGCUUUGGGUUUGAGCCAUUCGAACAACCCUGAGUCUCUGAUGUACCCUACAUACAUGAAAAGAAACCAACACAACCUGCUUUCAAGGGAAGAUAUUUUGAACCUCAAUAUGCUCUAUGGAACGAGAAGCGUUUUGCCAUAUCAUUUUUCCAGGCCAAGCUGGAAUUCUUUCUACAAGCCCUGGCACUUGAGCCCUCGCUUCCCGCUGUUCCUGCAAGACAAAUGCAACCCCAACCUGUCAUUCGAUGCUGUGACAACCAUGGGGGAAUCCACCUUGUUUUUCAAAGACAACUAUCUCUGGAUCAAACACGACCAGCAGUGCGACACCAAAGAGGGCCCGAUCAAAAACUUCAUGCCAAAGAUCGACUCAGACAUUGACGCCGCCUACUCUGUUCCCAAGAAGUCCGUCGUUUGCUUGUUUAAAGGACACAAGUUCUGGACUUUGAGAGGAUCUCAAGUGAGAGGCAAACCGAAACCCAUCCACAAAUUUGGCUUUCCGAAACAGGUGGAGCGGUUAGACGCAGCUGUGCAUGUGGACAGUACAGGCCGCACCCUGUUCUUUGCCGAGCACCUGUACUGGAGCUACGAUGAGGAUCGAAGGAUGAUGGAGGAACUUCAUCCGCGGAACAUCAGCGAGGACUUCCCAGGGCUGAACACCUCAGUGAGUGCAGCUGUCCAUAGAGAUGGAUUCACCCACUUCUUCAUCGGCCCGCUCGUGCUUAAGUACGACCACAAGAGGAAGCAAGUUGUCAGUGCGGACAAAGCGAACAGCUGGCUUGGCUGCUAA